AUGACAUCUGAUCUUGAGGUGUUGAUCGCUGAGCUUGAGGCUAAGAAAACUGAUGAGAAAGCUAAGCUUGAAGCACUUGAGGCUAGAAUUUUAAAACUAGAGCAGGAUCAGGCAGAAAGAGAUGCUAGAAUUUUAAAACUAGAGCAGGGUCCGGUAGAAAGAGAGGCUAAGAAAAAUCGCAAAUUCCAGACUAGAUGUAUCCAGAUAGCUAAGGAAAUCCUUAAUGAGGAACCUAUUAUCGAAUAUCGUCCUCCUUUCUUGAAUGGAUUAGAGCUUGAUGCCUUCUUCCAAAAAUAUCGAAUCGGGUUGGAGGUGCAAGGGGCUCAGCAUCGGUUUCAUAGCACCAGCUGGUAUAAAGAUGCCAAAAAACUCGAAGAAAAUUUUCUUCUUGAAGUAUGGUAUGACGAAAAACCGGAAAUAGUUAUUCCUAAAAAUUAA